AUGUUAGGUAUUUCACAAUUACGUCUACACAAAAAAGCUGAAUUAGUUCUAAUUUCUAGAGAUGCAGAUGGAGCCUCGCUCUGUCACGGAGGUUUGCAGAUAAAAUGUCAAAUUAAAUACAAAGACAAUCAUGCAAAAUUAAUACCAAUAGAGAUAUCCGAUAAUCGUGAUGGUUCAUAUAUAAUUUCAUUUACACCAGAUUCUCAGGGUACCAUCAUAUUAACAAUUACCAUAAACGAUAAACCUAUUAAGGGUAGUCCUUUUAGAUUUCAAGCGCGUACACUACGUCCGCACAGUGGCAUCUAUCAUUGUUGUGCCUUCUGUUCGAGUAAGGGUAAUAAGAAUAUUAAGUGUGCUUGUGAAGGUCGUAUGCCAAAUUUUCAUAGCUGUGGUCAUGGUCAUGUUGGUCAUCCCGGUCGUCGUCAUUGGUCCUGCUGCGGUAAUGUUUUAGAGAAUUCUGAAUGUAGUGUGGCAAAUAAAUUGUUGAAUUCAUAAUAUAAAAUAUAUAUAUGAAGAAUCUAAAAUCAGCUUCAGAUCUUUAAAUUUAAAAUCAGCUUAAAAAGCUUCAAUUGACAAAAUAUCAAAAAAGUCUUAAACACUUAAAGUUUCCAUUAAAAUGGUGUAGUAAGAAAUAUUUAAAUAUCCUAUUUGAAGGCUUAAUUUAAGAGUAAAUAUUUUGGCAGUUAAACACAGCUGGCAAAUUUUUGUUCUCUUAAUUAAAUGUUACUUUUCCUCUUUUA